UGCUGAUGAUGGCCGCUCGGGAGGGCGAUUCGGCGCGAUUGAAUCAUCUUCUGGGCAACCACGAUGCAACUGUGGUUGUGCCCAUGCCUGAAGUCGUCGUCAACAUUCAUGACAUCGACUCCCUCACCGUCAGCAGGGUGGAGGACUCGGUUCUCCAUGUGGUUGCGGCCUCGGCCCGUGGAGACAACGCUGAGUUUCUGGAGAGCGCAAGUGUGAUCCACAGCAAGGCCAAGCACCUCCUAGACGCCAGCAAUAGCAAGGGUGACACGCCCUUGCAUUGCGCAGCCAGAGCUGGGAGGAUCAAAAUGGUCUCUCACAUCAUCUAUCUGGCGACGGCGGAGGAGGGCGGCGACGCAAGGGUGAAGGCUGUGCUGAGAAAGCAGAACAAGAAAGGCGAGACGGCCCUCCAUGAGGCCCUUCGCUUGGCCGACAGGAAGAUGGCCAGGGCAAUGGUUGACACGCUAAUGGAGGUCGAUGCAGAAUUGGCUCGCCUCCCGAUUGCUAAGCGCACCUCGCCAUUGUACCUAGCUGUCUCGCUGGGACGCGAUGAUAUAGCAGAGCUGCUGUAUUCAAAAGACAAGGAGCUGUCCUACUCUGGACCAGAUGGACAAAACGUAUUGCAUGUUGCGGUUCUCAGGAGCCAAGGGAUGACAAACAAGCUACUAGAAUGGAACAUGGACCUCUGCAAACAAGGUGACCAACGCAAUGGAAGUACGCCUCUACACUUUGCAGCAUCAUGUGGGUUUGAUCAAGCGGUCGCAUCACUGAUAAAUGCUGACAAAUAUUCAGCAUAUCGGCCUGACAACACAGGAUCAUUUCCCAUACACGUAGCAAGCAAAGCCAGUGUAGUUCGUGUCUUGUUGGAGAAGUGCCCAGACUGCCUUGAACUACAAGACGCCCAGGGCAGAACCUUCCUCCAUGUUGUCAUCCGUGACAAAAAAGGCACUCUAUUUCGUUUUGUUUCUGGUCUUUUUCGUGCAAGCCAUCAGGUGUUGAGGUUUGCAUCGAUCAUGGAUAUGCAUGACAAUGAAGGUAACACAUGCUUACACCUUGCUGUCCUGGCUGGGAGCGUACCGACUUUACAUUGCUUACUGGGAAACAAGGAAAUCCAGAUGAACUUACCAAAUAAUAAUGGGCAAACUGCACUAGAUCUCGCACUGCACAAAAGGCCCAAAGGCAGUGUUCAUUUUGGGUUGGAUUCGUGGUAUCAGAUACACUCUCUUCUAGUAGCUACUGGUGCCAAAUACGGUGCUCACCUUAAAGAACAUGGCCCUAUACUAAAUGAGAAGGAGGAAGAAGACAAGAUUAACGGUUACACACCAACCAUUGGCAUUGUAUCAGCCCUCCUCGUAACGGUUUCAUUCACAGCAGCUUUCACCGUACCAGGUGGGUACAGAGGCGAAGAUGCUCAACAAAAAGGUGGCACGCCAGUGCUCGCACAGAACUACUCUUUUGUGGUGUUCAUCGUGGCCAACAAUCUAGCAUUGCUUUGCUCCGCCCUUUCCCUUGCAAGCCUCAUGUAUGCUGGAUUUACCAGCAUCGAUCUCAGGAUACGCUCGAAAGCCUUUGUCCUCUCCAUCGUAUUCCUAAACAGCUCAGGCCGAAGUAUGGUAGCUGCAUUUUCAGUUGGCAUAUACGCGGUGUUGGCUCCGGUCGCCCGCACAGUUGCUCUUAUUACAAUGGCAUGCAGCACUAUCAUGCUGCUUGACAUCGGUUGGUUUGUGUACAUGGCAACUGCAGCACAAUUGGUGCAUUUUAAUAGGCUGCGUAUGAGACAAUGCUUCAGGUUUGCGCUUACAAUGGUAGCCACUCUCCUGGUGUCGCUCUGGCCGUACGCAAUAACUGUCAGUAUCUUAAUAUAUACCAGAAUCUAUGGAAUCCACUGAGCCUUGGUUAAGCGGCCGAGCUUGAAGCCAAACUCGAUCAACAAAGUUGACACCUCAACUACCCUUGUUCAUAAUGGUAUUGUAUUAUUCAGUCCACAUGAGGAAUUCCCAGCUUGGCUUCAAUCCCUACCUUCAUCACCACCCUAUGUUUGAUGUCGGCUAUUCAAGAAAAGAAGGACAUUAUCUUUCCUUUUGGCAGGUUCAAGCGCGUGAAGUAUAUAUA